AUGAUCUGCAAAUCGGCUCUGUCGAGGGGCGGCCAAGUUGCUCUCCGCCGCCAGGGAGCUGCGAAGCUUGCGCAGCGCGGAUUUGCCGCUGUUGCAUCGCCCAAGGCCUCAUACGAGCCGACCACCAUCGGCGGCGUCAAGGUCGCUUCCCGAGACGACAAUGGCCCGACCACACGCCUCGCCGUCGUCGCCAAAGCCGGUACCCGCUACGAGCCCCUUCCGGGCCUGACCGUUGGACUGGAGGAGUUCGCCUUCAAGGCAGCUAAUUUUGCUUCUCGUCGCCAGAACACGACAAAACGCUCCGCACUCCGCAUCACCCGUGAGGCCGAGCUGCUCGGCGGCCAAUUGACCUCGUACCACACCCGGGAAGCUUUCGUGCUCCAGGCCAGCUUCCUCCGCGACGAUCUGCCGUACUUCACCGAGCUCCUCGGCGAGGUCCUGUCGCAGACCCGGUAUACCACCCACGAGUACCACGAGGAAGUUGUCAACGUCAUUCACGAGAAGCAGGCAAGGCUUGACGCCGCCGCCAUCGCCCUCGAUGCCGCCCACGCUGUCGCCUUCCACACCGGCCUCGGCGCCCCGCUGUACCCGACUGCGAACACGCCCAUUUCCUCAUACCUGAACGAGUCCUCGGUUGCGUCCUUUGCUGCGGCAGCUUUCACCAAGGCCAACAUCGCGGUGGUCGCCGAUGGUGCCAGUGACGCAGGGCUCACGAAGUGGAUCGACCCCUUUUUCCGCCACGUGCCCGCGGAGUCCCAGUCUGCUCUCUCUGCCACCCCCUCUAAGUACUACGGCGGCGAGCAGCGCAUUGCUACGGCUGGCAGCAACUCGGUGGUCAUCGCGUUCCCCGGCGCUGCUCUUGGCGCCAGCCAACCUGAGACGGCCGUGCUUGUUGGUCUGCUCGGGGGUGAGUCGACUAUCAAGUGGUCGCCCGGCUUCUCGCUCCUCUCCAAGGCUGUUGCCUCGGCCCCGGGGGCGUCCUCCAAGGCCACCAACUUCGCCUACUCGGAUGCUGGCCUCCUGACCAUCCAGGUCAGCGGCUCGGCUUCCGCGGUCCGUAAGGCCGCCGAGGAGUCUGUCAAGGCGCUCAAGAGCAUCGUCGACGGAGGUGUCUCGCAGGAGAAUCUGGUCAAGGCCAUCGCCAAGGCCAAGUUCAACCUCCUUUCGGGCAGCGAGGUCAGCGGCGUUGGUAUCGUUCAUGCUGGUGCCAACCUGAUCCACGGUGGCAAGCCGCUGCAGGUUGCUGAGACCCUCAAGGCGCUGGAGGGCGUGACUGGUGACAAGCUCAAGGCUGCGGCCAAGACACUAUUAGAGGGCAAGGCGUCGGUGGCGGCGGUGGGCGACUUGCACGUGCUACCGUUUGCUGAGGAGCUUGGCCUCAAGAGGAAAAUACUACCAAGUCACCACCUCAACCACUCCCAAACCGCCGCCAAAAUGACGUUCGCGUGGAAAGCCGCUGGCAUUACCUACAACCGCUACCUCGCCGUCGCUGCCCGCGUCGUGCGCCGCAGCUUGAAGGACGAGAAGAGACUGGUGGCCGAGCGCCGUGGCCUACAGGAGCUCCGGUUCGCGAAGUGGGAGGGUGGCAAACAAGGCGAGCUUAAGAACCUGGCCGACGCCAACGCCCAGGCCGCUGUCGAGAGCGCUGCGACCGGCGGGACGGCUUAA